CUGACCUGGUAGGUCAACCCAAGGUCAACCCAAGUGGUUGUAACGCAGAUAAGUGCACUAUGGCAAAGGCUAAAGGUUUACUUUGGCUAUUUGUCAUUGCAGCCGCCGUAUGCAUUCCUCUGCUAUUCGACGUUAGAGAUGUAUGUAAGUGGUCAUAGAGUGAUGUUGCGCCACCUACGUUUGGUUGGUUCAUCAUGGGCAUUACUUUCACGGUUGUGGUGGGAUGCUUCUGACUCGUCUUUGUUUUCACGUAUCUUGUGCACUCCGAUUCACUUUCAAAACCCGUGCUAUAUAACUCGACCAUUGUGUCAUUCCAGCUUUGGUCACAGUGUCUCUCUCUUUGGAAAGCAUGAGACAGCCGUCAACAUAGACAUAAGAAAACUGAAAGAGAUGAUGAAUUCGAAAGACAUUAUCUUGAUCGAUGUUCGCGAACCCACCGAAUUAGAAGAGACAGGUGAAAUUCCCGGAGCUGUCAACAUACCGCUGGGCGAUAUUGAGGACGCUUUUCUGAUGGAACCGGACGCGUUUGAAUCGCAAUAUGGCAUACCUAAACCGAAAACAGGCGCUAAAAACAUAGUGUUCACUUGCCGGAGCGGGGCAAGAAGUCUUCGUGCCGUUAGAAUAGUAAACGAAAUGGGUUACAAAGGAGCCCUCAAUUUCAAAGGUGGAUUCCUGGAGUGGGCGAAACAUAAACUGUGAUCCCUUACCUGCUAUUUUCAUACCUUGCAUCUCACAUAUUCUGGAGUUUUCAGUUUUUCCUGAUUAUAAUAAAACUUAUAGCUGUCAUA